AAAAAAGAAAGAGCUGAAAGUCAAUUCCAACCAGCAAAGCUAGAUCUAUGCAGCAGAAAAAAGAAAGAGCCGAAAGUCAAUUCCAACUCGGCAAAGCUAAAUCUACGUAGUAGAAAAAAAGAAGAGCCGAAAAAAAAAGAAAGAGCCGAAAGUCAAUUCCAACUGGCAAAGCUAGAUCUAUGCAGUAGAAAAAAAGAAAGAGCCGAAAGUCAAUUCCAACCAGCAAAGCUAAAUCUACAUAGUAGAAAAAAAAAAGAGCCGAAAGUCAAUUCCAACCGGCUAAAUCUACGUAGUAGAAAAAAGAAAGAGCCGAAA